AUGCAUGUGCCCGAGUCUAAACCGCAGUUGCAACAAAUCAAUAAACCAAAAGCAUUAGAUUCUACUAGAGGAGAAUCCGUCUCAAAUCUUGAGUCUCUCUGUUUUGAAUUACCACACGAGAGUCCCCAGGAUAGUUCGACAAUUUCCACAAGUGCUACUACAAGAAAGACCUGUAUCGAUGGACUCAGCAUCGACAGUAAUCUUGCCAUAGACACACUAUUUUUGGACGACGACAACAAAGAGCAGGUAGAUGAUAUUGAUUAUGAUGUUAUUCCCGUUCAAGAGUAUCAACGAACCCCAGAUACAACUAGUGAAUAUAUCUUGAAUAUCCAGGAGGAAAUUUCCGCUAUAGACGAUACAAUCAAAUCAUUCAAGGUCAAACGUCGACAAUUAGUGAAGAGACAGCGGUCAGUAUUUUGGAAAAGUAUAUUUAGCUUUGGUAAACGUGUUGCCUGA